AUGAUCGACAGCGGAGCCCAAGGAAACUUCAUAUCACCAAGAACGGUGAAUGAAAGAAAGAUAACCUGGAAAAGAAAAGCAGCCGAAGACUGCUACGAACUCAGCACCGUUGAAGGAGAACAAGUCCAGUACGGCGGAGGACGCAUUGCUAUGGAGACAGCGCAACUCCCUUUGCAGAUCCAUGGCCGGAAUGAGCGACUGAACUUCGAUAUUACGGAGAUAGGAGACAAGUACGAUGUCAUCCUUAGAAGACCAUGGUUAUACGACAUCACUGAGAAGCAACCACGGAACGGUGCCUCAAACGAACCUCUCAAGACUCCUGAAGCGAAGAGAUUUCUAGCAUACCUACGGAUAAAGGAUGCAAACGCCAGGACGUUAUCAGCAACAGACAUCGGCAAGGAAGACCGACUUCUGUCUAUCCCAGAAGAAUACCGGCAAUACCAGAAGCUAUUCGCCGAAGAACUCGAGACCGGACUCCCGGAACACAGCAACUACGACCACGAGAUACCCCUUAAGGAAGGGAAGGAGCCAAAGCUAGAAGCAAUCUACGGACUCAACCAGAAAGAAAUGGAAGCACUCGACGCUUACCUCAAAGAAAAUCUACAGAAGGGAUAUAUCAGACCCUCUACAUCACCAGCGGGAUACCCAAUCCUGUUCGUACCAAAAAAGAACGGCAAACUACGACUCUGCGUCGACUACCGGAAACUCAACGACAUUACGAUCAAGAACUGCUACCCACUACCGCUCAUCUCCGAACUACGAGACCUGUUGCACGGAGCACAGUGGUUUACAGCACUCGACCUAAAAGGAGCCUAUAACCUGAUCCGGAUUAAAUCAGGUGAAGAAUGGAAGACAGCGUUUCGAACACGCCGAGGACAUUACGAGUACCUUGUGAUGCCCUUCGGACUCACCAACGCACCCGCGACAUUCCAGACGAUGAUCAACCACGUCUUACGAGAAUUUCUAGAUGUGUUCGUCGUAGUUUACCUCGACGAUAUCCUAAUCUUCUCCAAGACUCUGGAAGACCAUAAAAAACACGUACACCAAGUACUGCGGAAACUGCAAGACGCCAAACUCCUAGUGGAACCCGAGAAGAGCAAGUUUCACGCCAAAGAAGUCGAAUUCCUAGGUUUUACGAUAGCCCCAGGAAUCCUCAAAAUGUCCAAAGACAAAAUCGCAGCAGUACGAGACUGGCCUACACCACAGAACGUUAAGGACAAAAAUGUUCCCUGGCAAUGGGAAGAAGAACAAGAACAAGCCUUCAACGAGAUCAAACAACAAGUCACAUCGGAACUAAUACUUGUUAUACCAAACCCCGAGAAACCAUUCGAAGUCGAGACCGACUCCUCAGACUACGCUAUAGGAGGACAACUAGGCCAACGAGACGACGAAGGACGACUACGCCCUUGCGCCUUCUUCUCACGCAAGUUACACGGCCCAGAACUCAACUACCAGAUAUACGACAAGGAACUUAUGGCAAUUAUCGAGGCAUUCAAAGAAUGGAGACCGCAACUCUCAGGAACCAAGUACGAGGUCAAAGUAUAUACCGACCACAAGAACCUUGCACACUUCACCACAUCGAAAGAUCUUAACAAACGACAAAUUCGAUGGUCCGAAUUCUUGUCAGAAUUCAAUUUCAGAAUCAUCUACCGGAAGGGCAAGGAGAACGGCAGGGCCGACGCCCUCAGCCGACGACCGGACCACAAGGUCCAGGUACCUGAGGAAACCCGAGUUAUCCUCAAAACAGACAAAAACGGAGACCUUGUGCCAGCAGCCAGACUCUUAAUGAUGGCCAGAAGAGACAGUACCAGCACGCCUGGAAGGAUGUCUCCUGAAGCCAUUAGGGAGAUACACUCCGCACCCGCACAUAGUCACCAAGGCGUAACCAAAACGUGGAAACGCAUCCGUCAACACUACGACAAAACGGCUACACGACAAGAAGUAUCUUUAGCGAUUAAGGACUGUGAGGUUUGCGCAAAAAGCAAACCCAGCCGACAUCAGCCUUAUGGAAAGAUACAGCCGCUCCCAGUGCCGCAAACCGCAUGGGAAUCCAUCUCGCUGGACUUCGUCACUAAGUUACCUAAGUCCCGAGAACCGAUGACCAACGUCCACUACGACAGUGUCCUCGUCAUCGUCGACAGACUCACAAAGUACUCAUACUUCAUUCCGUACAUGGAGUCAAGCACUGCAGAAGACCUCGCCUACAAGUUUCUGCAGGUGAUCGUAAGCCAACACGGAAUGCCGAAGGAAAUCGUAUCCGACAGAGACAAGCUGUUCACUUCCAAGUUUUGGAGAUCCCUGAUCUCGCAGCUAGGAUCUGACCACAAGAUGUCCACCGCUUUCCAUCCGCAAACCGAUGGCCAGACAGAACGAAUCAAUCAGAUCAUGGAAACCUACCUACGCUGCUACUUCGCCUACAACAGCGCAGUAGGAGAAAGUACAAAAGAAUCACCAUUCUACUUGAACUACGGAUUCAACCCGACAGCCUAUGGACAACCCCGACAAGGCCCAACAGCUCUGAAAGCUGUGGCAGAUAUCAACAAACUCAAGGAAAUCCAACGAGAUCUUCCCAGAGACCUUGAAUUUGUGCGCGAACGCAUGCGCAAAUACGCUGACAAGACAAGAGUUGAGGGACCAACUCUAAAGGAGGGGGAUAGCGCAUACCUUCUCCGCCGGAACAUCAAAACAAAACGACCAAGCGAUAAGUUAGACUUCAAGAAACUUAGACCCUUCGAAAUCACGAAGAAGGUAUCCAACGUCAACUUCAAACUCGCACUACCAGACACUAUGAAGUGUCAUCCAGUUUUUCAUAUUUCACUUCUCGAGCCAGCACCAAAAGGAUCACGAACUAUAGACCACAUCGAAGUCGACCCGGAACAGGACUACAAGGUCGAAAGGAUCCUCGAUCACAUCGAUCAGCACGAUGACACAGAAAUACAAUACCUAAUCAAGUGGAAAAACUACGGACACGAAGAAAACACAUGGGAACCCGCAUCAAACUUGGAGCACGCACAAGAGGAACUUCAAGAAUACUGGACGCAAUGGGAAACACGACAGCACGCCAAAGUCAUGCAAAGACCAACACACAACCCUCGCGUCAGAAACCCUCAACCUAAGUUUCGACCAACCAAGAAACCCCAGGGCAACAAAAUUCUUCGCCUAGGAACACCUAGCCCUGAGUAG